GGCGCAGAGGACACUUCCGGUCUUCUAGCCUGAGGUUUCUGCUUUAAUGACUGGGGUAGUUUGAGCCAUUUCUGCGUCUUGCAGGACAUUUUGAACGAGCCCUCUUUGCUUGAGGCUCGCAACCACCCGAUGAUCGAUGAUCGUCUCAGGGGAAAAGAAGCCUUGGCGAAGAGCAGAGGUUUAGAGGCACAAUUCUGCUUUCCCUGGAACUGCUUCAUUCAGGACUCUGCAAAUUCCCUAAAGUAGGAGGAAAAUUGACCAUGUCCAAGGAGGCAGUGACCUUCAAGGAUGUGGCUGUGGUCUUCACUGAGGAGGAGCUGGGGCUGCUGGACCUUGCCCAGAGGAAGCUGUAUCGAGAUGUGAUGCUGGAGAACUUCAGGAACCUGCUCUCAGUGGGGCAUCAACCAUUCCACCAAGAUACUUUCCACUUUCUAAGGGAGGAAAAGUUUUGGAUGAUGGAUAUAGCACCCCAAAGAGAAAGGAAUUCAGGAGGCAAGAUCCAACCUGAGAUGAAGACUGUUCCAGAAGCAGGACCACAUGAAGGGUGGUCCUGCCAGCAGAUCUGGGAAGAAAUUGCAAGUAAUUUAACCAGGCCUCAAGACUCUACCAUAAAGAGCUCUCAGUUCUUUGAACAGGGUGAUGCCCACUCCCAGGUUGAGGAAGGACUAUCUAUAAUGCACACAGGACAGAAACCUUCCAAUCGUGGGAAGUGUAAACAAUCCUUCAGUGAUAUUUCCAUCUUUGAUCUUCCUCAGCAAAUACACUCAACAGAGAAGUCUCAUUCCUGUGAUGAGUGUGGAAAAAGCUUUUGUUACAUCUCAGCACUUCAUAUUCAUCAGAGAGUCCACCUGGGAGAGAAACUCUUUAAGUGUGACGUGUGCGGUAAGGAAUUCAGUCAGAGUUUACAUCUGCAAACUCAUCAGAGAGUCCACACUGGAGAGAAACCUUUCAAAUGUGAACAAUGUGGGAGAGGCUUCAGAUGUAGAUCAGCACUUACAGUUCAUUGCAAAUUACACAUGGGAGAGAAACAUUAUAAUUGUGAGGCAUGUGGGAGGGCCUUCAUUCAUGAUUUCCAGCUUCAGAAACAUCAGAGAAUUCACACAGGGGAGAAGCCAUUCAAAUGUGAAAUAUGUAGUGUGAGCUUCCGUCUUAGGUCAAGUCUUAAUAGGCAUUGUGUGGUCCACACAGGAAAGAAACCAAACAACGCUGGGGAAUAUGGAAAAGGCUUCAUUGGUAGGCUGGAUUUGUGUAAGCAUCAGACGAUCCACACAGGAGAGAAACCAUACAAUUGUAAAGAAUGUGGGAAGAGCUUCAGACGAUCCUCAUAUCUUUUGAUCCAUCAGCGAGUCCACACUGGAGAAAAGCCAUACAAAUGUGACAAGUGUGGGAAGAGCUACAUUACUAAGUCAGGUCUUGACCUGCACCAUAGAGCCCACACAGGAGAGAGACCUUAUAACUGUGAUGACUGUGGGAAGAGCUUUAGACAGGCCUCAAGUAUUUUGAAUCAUAAGAGACUCCACUGCCGAAAAAAACCAUUCAAAUGUGAGGAUUGUGGAAAGAAGCUUGUACACAGGUCAUACUGUAAAGACCAACAAAAAAACCAUAGUGGAGAAAACCCAUCCAAAUGUGAGGACUGUGGGAAGCGCUACAAGAGGCGCUUGAAUCUGGAUAUAAUUUUAUCAUUAUUUUUAAAUGACACGUAAGUGUCGUACAUAUUUAUGGGGUACAGUGUGUUAUUUAAAUAUAUGUAUAUGAUGUAUAAUGAUCAAAUCAGUGUAAUUAGCAUAUUUAUCACCUCAAACAAUUAUCUCUUUUUUGUGUUGAGAAAAUUAAAAAUUCAUUGUUCCAGCAAUUUGAAAAUAAAUUGUUGUUGAUGAUAGUCACCUUUAGUGCUGCAGAACAGUAGAACUUCUUCCUCCUAUCUACCUGUACUUUUGUAUCCAUUAGCCAACCUUUGGCCAUCCCACCUAUCCCCUACCCUUCCCUGCCUCUAGAGCCACUGUUCUCACUACUUCUAAGAAAUCAGCUUUUUUAGCUUCCCCAUGUGAGUGAGGACAGUUUAAAGUAAGUGUUUCAGCCAUAGCUCAGCAUACCCCAGUGGUCGUGGGACUGUCAGAGCAGAGAAUGCUUGUAAGUCAUGCUGCAGGGUUUCUAACAGAAGUUUGACAGUUAGUUAUUAUUCAGGAGACAGGUCAUAGUAUAAGUUUGUUCACACACUUUCAAAACACUAAUGAUGAACAUGUCAAAAUUGAUGACCACUAGAAUGUCAGCCACAUGUGUCUUUGUAUUUUUGCUGCAUCCUUACAUCGCUUGAGUCUGGAAGAUUGAGGCUGCAGUGACCUGUGAUAGUGCUACUGCACUCCAGCCAGGGCAACAGAGUGAGACCCUGUUUCAAAAAAAAAAAAUUUAAAUAAAUACCUCUGUUUGUUUC